UUUGACCUAGAAAAGAAAAACUUCAGAACUCUUCUGACACGACAGGUCAGUGCAAGAUAUCAUUUCAUCGUAAUUUAUUCAUCGGACAUCUUACGAAAUCUGUUCUAGCGCCAUUAGAUAAGUUCUCCACUUGCCAAGUCAGCGUGCCAACACACAUUUAGACGACAACAGUGACGUGAAACAUUCAAAACAAGCAACGGUACUUUUACUUGGCAUCCCCGACCAGCUGACUCGCGAUUUACUAAUUUUCACGGUGACGGCGUCCACAGCUGGGCUCGAUUGCCCUUAAGUCGCUGAAACUCUGUGUGCUUCGCUUCCAAAACAAGAAGACCUUCGCCCGGGGAAUAUGAUUAUCGAGUGAACGCAGAAUAAACGGAAUCUUUGGCCCCGGGCUCUGUGCUCGCGAAAAAAACAAGAAAUCAAUCUCGUCAUCAAACGUAAACGAGAUAAACGGGGAGACGCGGUCGAGAUCCGUCAAGGGCGCAGAGUUCUAUUUUGCCAGAGAACGAGUCUAAUACCUUCGAAGUUAAGAACGCCGCCGCGUAGCAGCCGACAUUAAUACGCAGUUCGCAGGUUUCACUGGUGCUAGCCCCGCCGCGCUUCGAUUUGCAGCAUCAACGGUCCAUAGGACAGCAAGGGAAGCCCCUCGCCCGUGGCUAGGAUUUCUCAGUACUCGACCAAAGGCCAUUUCAGUCGUUUCCACGGAAAGUAGCAUGUCCGGAUAUGAAGGUUUCUCGCAGCGAAACGUAUCACUCAUCGACGACUCCGCCACCACAAACGGCGACUUUCCCGACUAUCGCAGAGUUACGGACCGCUUGGCAACGUACAAAAAUUGGCCAAAUCCUCACGUAUCACCGGAAUCGUUAGCUAGAGCCGGUUUCUAUUACCUCAACGACUCCGACAAAGUGAAAUGCGCAUGGUGUUCAGGUAUCGUAGCCGAGUGGGAAUUGGGCGACAACGCAUUCGACGAGCACAAGCGGUUGUUUCCUAAUUGCCCAUUAAUGAUACAUGGUACAGAUAUUCCUUUGACUGAUCUCCAAGGCAGCGGAAUACAAGAGUUCAAAGCACCCAAAAAGCCGAUGUAUGCCUGCCUGAGUGCAAGACUGCGCACAUAUGAAAACUGGCCACGUAGUGACAUUCAGAAACCUGAAGUUCUCGCCCAAGCGGGAUUUUACUAUCAAAACACAGACGAUCAAGUUCGUUGUUUCCACUGUAAUGGAGGAUUACGAUCAUGGCGGAAAGAAGAUGUUCCGUGGUUCGAGCACGCCAAAUGGUUUCCACACUGUCAUUAUGUACAGCUAGCAAAAGGUCAGUCUUAUAUUGAUCAGGUCGUGGCACAGAUGCAACAGCAAUGGUCGCAAGAAAAUACCAAUCAAAACGCUCAGGAAUGCUUCGAGCGAACUAUGUCAUUGGAAGACGCUAUGGGAAUGGAACCUGUACGUUUGGCCCUACAAAUGGGUCUGAACGCUGGACGAAUUAAAAGUGCAACGAAACGUCAUCUUGAAUUGUACGGGAAACCAUACGACACAGCCGAGCAACUAGUCGAAGCAGUUUUAGAGGGCCAAGCCAGUGAAGACGUCUACACAGAAGAACAGGAACAGAAUCGCGCGGAAAUGAGUUCUUCGAUGCUAAAUGACAUGUCGCGAUUCUUUGAAAAUAUAUUAAAUCCGAGUAGAGUCGACCAUAAAACUCAAACUUCCAGUGUUAACCAGUGCAACUCUCGACCAACCACAUCACCCGACUCUACUUCCGCUACAGUACCUGAAAAUUGCUUGCCCAAUACAAGUACCAGUUCUAACAACACAAGUGGCGACGCUACGAAUUCUGAUAUGGCUAGCGAAGCUACGGUGGAACUCAUGAAACAAAUGUCCCUGGAGGAAGAAAACCGUAGACUGAAGGAUGCUCGCACUUGUAAGAUUUGCAUGGACGAUGAAUGUGGAGUUGUAUUUUUACCUUGCGGUCAUCUAGUUGCUUGCGUACUAUGCGCCCCAGGGAUCUCACAAUGUCCUAUCUGUCGGUCGCCCAUCAAAGGCUUCGUUCGUACAUACCUGUCGUGAAACCGUCACGACUGUGUCGUCUUUCUAGUAAUUCCUCUUCGCAUGUACUAUCUAAGCGUCCACCCUUCUCGUGUAUCUAUCUUACAAGUCGGAAGAUGCUCUUCCAAUGUAACAAAACAAUAAUACCUGAAGGAAACGAAACGAAAGAUUCGUGAACUCUAGUCGACGAGUCAACUCCUUGGAAAAAUAAAUAAAAAUAAAAUUUGUAACUAAAAGAUCUUUUCGCGCGAAAAUAUACAUUUAACGUUAAUGUACUCAUAAGUAGAUAGAAAGUUGAGAUAAUGCAAAAGAAAUACGAGAAAAAUAUUUUAUCUGUGUUAAUAAUGAUAGAAAAGUUUAUGUUUUAUAGAAUCCAAACGGUUUAUAUCUAAAAAAAGCAGAUUUUCAUAUACAAAGAAAAGAAAACGAUUGUUUUUUUUUUGUGAAUUUCGGUCAGUAUUUCCAAAUGAUUCGGAAGCAGAUCUACAUAUUUUCGUUGGUUUUGAGAGAGUAUUGAAUAAAUGUUAAUCGGAAUAUCAAA